CCCCCGCCUCGCCCCGCCGGCUUCCCACCACGGCCUCUCUCGGCGAGGAAACUCUGGCCUCCGCUUCCUCCUCCUCCGACUCGGACGCCGGCGGAGCCUCCCCGCCCCCGCGGAAGAAACCCCGAGCCUCGGCGGCGGAGGGAGCAGGAGAGCCCGGGGCUUCGGCAGGCAGAGCAGGCCUCUCCCCUCCGUCCUCGUCGUCCUCGUCCUCGUCGUCGUCGUCGUCCUCCUCCUCCUCCUCCUCCUCCGUGGUGGUGGUGGUGGGACUGCCCCCGGCCGCUGCCCCCGCCGCCGCCCCCCACCGAAGUAGCGGCCACAGCCUGGUCAGCGGCAGCAUCAUGCAGGCCAACGGGGCAGGAGGAGGAGGAGGAGGCGGCGGCGGCGGCGGCGGCGGAGGGGGCGGCGGGGGCCAGGGACAGACCCAGGAGCUGGCCUGCCUGUCGGCCCAGAACGGGGAGUCGUCCCCCUCGUCGUCGUCGUCUGCGGGGGACCUGGCCCACGCCAACGGGCUGCUGCCUUCCGCCCCCUCCGCCGCCAGCAACAAUAGCAACAGCCUGAAUGUCAAUAACGGGGUCCCCGGCGGGGCCGCCACCGCAGCCGCCUCGGCCGCCGCCGCCGCCGCCUCCUCGGCUACUCCGGAGCUGGGCAGCAGCCUCAAGAAGAAGAAGCGGCUCUCCCAGUCCGACGAGGAUGUCAUUAGGCUAAUAGGACAGCACUUGAAUGGCUUAGGGCUCAACCAGACUGUUGAUCUCCUCAUGCAAGAGUCAGGAUGUCGUUUAGAACAUCCUUCUGCCACCAAAUUCCGAAAUCAUGUCAUGGAAGGAGACUGGGAGAAGGCAGAAAAUGACCUGAAUGAACUAAAGCCUUUAGUGCAUUCUCCUCAUGCUAUUGUGGUAAGAGGCGCACUUGAAAUCUCUCAAACGUUGUUGGGAAUAAUUGUGAGGAUGAAGUUUUUGCUGCUGCAGCAGAAGUACCUGGAGUACCUGGAGGACGGCAAGGUCCUGGAGGCGCUUCAAGUCCUGCGCUGCGAGUUGACACCCCUGAAGUACAACACGGAGCGCAUUCACGUCCUCAGCGGGUAUCUGAUGUGUAGCCAUGCAGAAGACCUACGUGCAAAAGCAGAAUGGGAAGGCAAAGGAACAGCUUCCCGAUCCAAACUGUUGGACAAACUGCAGACGUAUUUGCCACCGUCAGUGAUGCUCCCCCCGCGGCGGUUACAGACUCUCCUGCGGCAGGCGGUGGAGCUGCAGCGGGACCGGUGCCUGUAUCACAAUACCAAACUCGACAGUAACCUAGAUUCCGUGUCUCUGCUUAUAGAUCAUGUGUGUAGUAGGAGGCAGUUCCCAUGUUAUACUCAGCAGAUACUUACGGAGCAUUGUAAUGAAGUGUGGUUCUGUAAAUUCUCCAAUGAUGGCACGAAACUAGCAACAGGAUCGAAAGAUACCACAGUUAUCAUAUGGCAAGUUGAUCCGGAUACACACCUGCUGAAACUGCUUAAAACCUUAGAAGGACAUGCUUACGGCGUCUCGUACAUCGCGUGGAGUCCAGAUGACAGCUACCUGGUCGCUUGUGGCCCAGACGACUGCUCUGAGCUCUGGCUUUGGAAUGUACAAACGGGAGAGCUAAGGACAAAAAUGAGCCAGUCUCAUGAGGACAGUUUGACGAGCGUGGCUUGGAAUCCAGAUGGAAAACGCUUUGUAACUGGAGGUCAGCGCGGGCAGUUCUACCAGUGUGAUCUAGACGGGAACCUCCUGGACUCCUGGGAAGGGGUGAGAGUGCAGUGCCUGUGGUGCUUGAGCGACGGCAAGACUGUUCUGGCAUCAGACACACACCAGCGGAUCCGGGGGUACAACUUCGAGGACCUUACAGAUAGGAACAUAGUACAAGAAGAUCAUCCCAUUAUGUCUUUCACUAUUUCCAAGAAUGGCCGAUUAGCUUUGUUAAAUGUAGCAACUCAGGGAGUUCAUUUAUGGGACUUGCAAGACAGAGUUUUAGUAAGAAAGUAUCAAGGUGUCACGCAAGGGUUUUAUACGAUCCAUUCAUGUUUCGGAGGCCAUAACGAAGACUUCAUCGCUAGUGGCAGUGAAGAUCACAAGGUUUACAUCUGGCACAAACGUAGCGAACUGCCAAUCGCGGAGCUGACAGGGCACACGCGUACAGUGAACUGUGUGAGCUGGAACCCACAGAUCCCAUCCAUGAUGGCCAGCGCCUCAGACGAUGGCACUGUUAGAAUAUGGGGACCAGCACCUUUUAUAGACCACCAGAAUAUUGAAGAGGAAUGCAGUAGCAUGGAUAGUUGAUGGCGAAUGUGGAGCAGACGACUUCUGUUUAACUUAAAAUUAGUCGUAUUUUAAUGGCUUGGGAUUUGGUGCAAACAAACAUGAUUGAUAGCUGGACAGACAUGCUCGUCAUGAAAAAAGAACCAUUUCUGAAGCCCGAUUGGGGCCAAACAUUUACACCUUGCUUCAUAGUAACCAGUUGAGAUGAAGCACGUCGUUAGAACGUUGUUGGACACCAUGUUGAAUUAUCCCCCCAUCGGUUGUGAAGAACUGUGCUACAUUCAGGCUUACCCAUUGAACUCAGUAUAUAUAUUUUUUUCCCUCCUGCCUUUUGUCUGGUGGGAUACCAUUCUUGUUGCUCUUCUGUGUAAUGAAGUUUAAAUGCUUGUUUGGAAAACUUUAUUUAACAGUUUAGAAGGCUUGAUAGAAGGAGUGCAUUAGUCUGAAGAGUAUACAUUGGAUAGGAAAGAAUUUCCUUCUUUUGUUUCUCCAAAAUCUUUCCGCCUUAUUUAGCUUGAGAUCUUUGCAGCUUGGUUCAUGGAUUCUAGCCUUGCCCGUUGCGCAGUAUAUACUGAUCCAGAUGAUAAACCAGUGAACUAUGUCAAAAGCACUCUCAAUAUUACAUUUGACAAAAAGUUUUGUACUUUUCACAUAGCUUGUUGCCCCGUAAACGGGUUAACAGCACAAUUUUUUAAAAAUAAAUUAAGAAGUAUUUAUAGGAUCAAAGUGACUUCAUUUGUAUACAUUUGGAAUCUAAACCAGCUUCAAAAAGUUUCCUCUCUGAUUUAGAUACGCAGUAUAACUGACGCUCUUCUGGAAUCCCACGUGAGACUUGCCCAGAAACAGUGGAAGGAUCUUGCACAGGAAAUCCAGAGUCAUACCGUGAAGGUUUCCCCCCUUUUGUUUUUUUCCUGAAGGAACAUCAGUACCUGAUGUUGAAGAAAUUCAAGAUUCAGAAAGAGAAUUUUCAGUCUCUACCGCCAGGAGAGUCAGUAGUCAGCUUAGGUUUGCGGCAAAGCGCGUUCCAAGUUGUUCCCAGCUUGGGCGGUCCCGCAGGAGAGUGGAGAGGAGGCGUCACCGCUGGGCCAGUUCCUAGUCCGCCUGAGCUUGUCACAAGAGUUCAGUAGGUUCCAGACCGAAACUGGGUUUAAAACCUCGUAGUGGUUUAUCUUAAUGGCCCUUGAUAUUCUGACCUGCAGAGAUACAUAAAUUUGCAGAAUGCUCCUCGGUUUUCCGGGUAUUGCCAUCCUGAACCUCAUACUAUACUGGUGCUGCAGGUGUCCUUGCCUCCCCUGCCCCUUUAGUUCAAGGAAAGGUCUCCUUCACGGAAAAGCACUUUUAAUCUUGAGAAUUUCACAUUUAAAAUAAGCCAAAAGCCUGAUGUUCACAUUGUGCUUUUAAACCCCGUAACAGCUGAACGCCUCCGACUUCGUCUCCUUCGAGACUCCCUCCCCUUCUCAGUAGAGGCUCUGAGGGGACCGCAGCUGUUACGCAGGGAGGAGGAGUGGGCGUACCCCCGAGAUAAGAUGCUGGUGAAGAAGAGAGCUUGUACUAAGUCCCCUUUGGGGCCCAGCCAAGCCUGCAGUCUGUCACCACUGUGAGUGGGCGCCCUCAGGACGCAGAGCGGGGAGAGGCUUAGGUGUCAGGAAUGGUCCCUAGGCCGUGGGGCCGGGCGGGCCGCAGGGAGAAGCAGCGGGAAAGUGAGGGAGGGGAGAAGAAAGACAAACACAAUUGGCCUUAAAAUAGCAGAUUCUCCCCAAAGCUCAUAGAGAAAGUGACAGACCGUGGUCAGCAGAUUAUUUUAUCAAAUUGGUAUGUAAAAGAUUUCUUUAAGCUCCGUUUUGCAGAGACCGCCACUUAGAGAAUCAGGAAUUCCUGUUUUGAUACUUCUGAGUUACAAUAUGUUACCGUUUAUGUGCUACUUCAUUUUUCUUAACUCAAAUUACUUUUUACUUUGAGCUUGAAUAAAAGUCUUCAUUGGUAACUGUAUAUAA